AUGCCGGAGCGCGGCGGCGGCGGCGGCUCCGAGCGGGCGGCGCUGGCCCUGGCCCGGCUCUCCGAGUGGGCGGACGCGCACCUGGGGCUGCUGCGGGGCCUGAUCGCCGGCGCGGCCGUGGCCGGGGUGUUGCUGCUGGCGCGGAGCCUCCGCCUGACAACAAAGUUCACAAGUCCUUUGGAUAUACCUGUGGAGUUCGUAGAAAAGAAUGUAAAACUGAGAGGGAAAUUACAUCACAUCACAGAGAAGGGCCUGGAAGUUGAGCACAUUCCCAUCAGCAUUCCUUUCAUCACAGCCAUCCAGAGAAAAUGGCAGCCGGAGGGGCUCCUGCUGAUCCGCCUGGCCGGGGUGGAGCUGGCUCCAGGCAGCACGGCCUGGCUGCAGCGGGAGCUGCUCCCCAAACAGCCCCUGUGGUUCCAGCUCCUGGGAAGGGACAGCUCAGCCCUGGAGUGUCUUGUUUUAGUCCAUAAGGGUGGACUUCUCAGUGUGUGCUUGAAUGAAGAGCUCUUGAGCCAAGGGCUGGGCAGAGCAGCCCGGAUUGAGGGACUGCCUCACCACUCCCGCCUCUACUGGAAACUGCACAAAAGGCUCCUCCGGGCAGAGUUAAAGGCUGUGAAGAAAAAUAAAGGCAUAUGGAAAGACCAAAGCUACUCUGAAAGAAUCCAGGAGCGCAUAAGCAGCAAUAAAUUCCUGCUGAGGCUGAAACAGUUUGUGAGCUGGGUUAGAAGCUCCACCGAGAGGUAAAGAGGUGGGGAAUGCAGUUCCCCAGGUUGUGGGAUUUGUGUCUGUUUGUGAUCACAAUCAGUGCUGUGAUGUUGAGGGUCCCUGUCUGGAACACAAACCGCACAGUUACUGGGUUACACAGAAUAUAAACCCCCAGUUCAUGGGUUAUAUGGAAUCUAUCCCCUAUCAUAACCCACAUGGGAUUGAAGUUUUAGUAGCAGCGUGCAGGCCACCAAUGAAAAUGUUCUGAUGCCAGACUUCUCCACAGUGAUGUCCUAAAUUAGCUGUCCAGUUUCCCACCUGCUAAACCCCUCCGACCUGUGCUGCCCAGGCAGGGCAGCAGGGACAGUGCAGGUUGGAGGUGCAGUGCCACUUCACACCUCUGUAAUGUGCCAUUGCUGCCGAGCUCACACUGGACAGAAACCCCAUGUCAGGCCUUUACAAAGCUCGUGGGAUGGGUUCAAACACAAACUUUUUGUUUGAAUUCUGUUCUUGUGCUACGUUUUUUGUGUAAUUUGUGGUUUAAAACUCAUUCAUCUUGAAUAACGGGUUGCAUUGUUAGCGAUAUAAAAGGUGAUUUGUUACGGCCGAUCUUCAAAAGCUGAUAAGGUUGUAAUAACUAAAGUUCCUCGGGGUAAAAAACCACUUGGUGUAUCAAAGAAUAUAAUGUCAGGAAUCCAAAUUUUUCAAAGACACCUUUCAUUUGAAGAGGAAGAACCUAUGUUGUUUCUUUCUGAUGGUUCUGUAAGUAUCUAAAAUUAGAUGAAUAUAGAACAUUACCAUGAAAUUUGACAACGAGGAUCAGACUGUGCUAAGAACUUAAAUUCUUGCUUUAUUUUUGAUACACGUGUGAAGUAUAUGAGUGUAUUACUAUUUAUGUUGUAAAUAUUCUUAGAAUAAAGAUUGAAUUUCUUAAGUUUA